AUGGGAUGGACAAAUUCGGUCCCGAUCUUCCACGACGACGUCACCCACAUCCUCCAGCCAGAAAUUCCAGACACCACCAUUCCGUUCAUCGACGAUGUCCCGAUUCGGGGCCCACCGACCCGAUACGAAAUUCCGAACGGCGGGUUCGAGACGCACCCCGACAACCCCGGCAUACGACGAUUUGUGUGGGAACACUUUCAAGGCCUCAAUCGGGUGGUUCAGCGGAUGAAGUACAGCGGAGGAACAUUUUCGGGACACAAGGCGACACUCUGCGCAGCUGAAAUCACGGUGGUUGGCCAUCGCUGCACGUACGAAGGAAGAUUACCCGACGAAUCUAGGGUAGAGUCAAUUAUGAAGUGGGGACCUUGCAGGGAUCUCUCAGAUGUUCGGGCAUUUUUGGGGACGAUCGGUGUCGUUCGGAUCUUCAUUCGGAAUUUUGCACACAGGGCGCAUGCACUGACAAUGUUAACACGCAAAGAUUUUCCAUUCGUGUUCGGCCCAGACCAGAUAGCGGCCCAGGACGACCUCCGGUCGGCGCUUCUCGAAUCGCCAGCCCUUCGGCCGAUCGACUAUGGGUCGGCAGCCAACGUCAUCCUCGCCGUCGAUACCUCACAAAUCGCGGUCGGCUUCCACCUCUGUCAAUGUGCGCUCGACAAUCCCCGGGUUCGGUACUAUGCCCGAUUCGGCUCCAUCACCCUUAACGACCGCGAAUCGCGAUUCUCCCAACCCAAGCUCGAACUCUACGGCCUCUUUCGCGCCCUCCGAUCGCUCAAAAUGUACCUCAUCGGCGUUCGGAACCUGAUAGUCGAAGUAGACGCACGCUACAUCAAGGGCAUGCUCACUAACCCGGAUCUCGAACCCAGCGCUAGCAUCAAUCGGUGGAUCGUCUCCAUCCUCACCUUCCAUUUCACACUUGUCCACGUCCCCGGCACCUCUCACGGCCCCGAUGGACUCUCCCGACGACCACCACAACCCUCCGAUCGACCCGAACCCGAAGACGACUUUGACGACUGGAUCGACAAUCUCUAUGGCUUCCUCCAUCAGAUCAACAACACGUUCCCCACCUCCAACUCAACUUCGACCACCGCCAUCUUCACCUCCUCGCUCGUAGGCGACCCCUCGACCGAUACCGACUCCGACGACGAAGGCCCGACCAUCGACUAUUCGGAUAUCCCAAGAUCGCAGAAAGCUUUGGAAGCCGAGGAACGCCUAUGGUUGGUCCGCGACUGGCACCGAACAUUGGUUCGGCCCCCUUCUCUCUCCAACUCCGAAUAUGCCACCUUCCUGCGAUAUUGCACUGAGUUCUUCAUCGCAGCUGACAAGCUAUGGAGAAAAGACUCGCACGGUCGACACAAGAUCGUUGCAGCCCCCUCUAGUCGGAUCACAAUUCUCACUGCCGCCCACGACGACGUUGCUCACAAGGGAUUCUACGCCACGACCGCCUUGGUCGCCGAACGCUUCUGGUGGCCGCACAUGAGGCAAGACAUUUCCUGGUUUGUUCGGACAUGUCACCUUUGCCAGAUUCGCCAGACUCGCAACGUCCUCAUUCCCCCGACCGUCGCCACGCCUGCACCACUUUUCGCAAAGAUGUAUAUGGACACUAUGCAUAUGCCGACCGCUGGUGGUUUCAAGUAUCUCGUUCAAGGCCGCUGUUCGGUAUCGCACUACCCCGAAUUCCGCAUGCUCCGACGCGAAACAAGCUCAGCCCUCGCCGACUGGAUCUUCGAGGAUAUCAUGUGCCGAUGGGGAACACUGGUAGAGAUCGUCUCCGACAACGGACCAGCAUUCGUCAAGGCGCUCGACCAGUUAGCGAAAAAGUACCACGUUCGGCACAUCCGUAUUUCGGGCUACAAUUCCCGCGCCAACGGCAUCGCCGAACGACCUCACUUCGACGUUCGGCAGGCUCUGUUCAAAACCGUUGAUGGAGAUCAGGCCAAGUGGAAUCGUGCAGCUCAUUUCGUAUUCUGGGCUGAUCGCAUUACCGUUCGGCGCCGAAUGGGUUGCUCGCCAUACUUCGCAGCGACCGGAACCCAUCCCCUUCUCCCCCUCGACAUCGCCGAAGCCACCUACCUCCUGCCACCGCCGACCACAACCCUCAGCACCACCGACCUCAUCGCCCGACGUGCCAUAGCCUUGCAGAAACGCCGAUCAGACCUCGCCCACCUUCGCAGCUCAGUAGUCGGCGCCCGUGUCCAGGCCGCCGUCCGAUUCGAACAACAGCAUUCGGCCACCCUUCGCGACUUCAAUUUCCACCGAGGCUCGCUUGUCCUGAUGCGCAACACAGCCAUAGAGAAGGCACUCAAUCGGAAGAUGCGUCCACGGUAUUUAGGGCCAUUGCUAGUAAUUUCUAGGAAUUGGGGAGGGGCGUAUAUUUUGGCCGAACUCGACGGAUCGGUCUUUGACCGGCCAGUGGCGGCAUUCCGCAUUAUUCCUUAUUUUGCUCGCAGGUCUCUGAAGCUCGCCGACAUUGAAGCCCUCCUCGACAUCUCACAAGAACGCCUUCGGGCCAUGGAAGAAUCCCGAUCGAGCAACGACGAUGCCGAAGACGACGAUGCCGACGAGGAGAAUACUGACACCAGCUCCAUCCGAUCAGCAGAAGACGACGAUGCGGGGUCGGCGACUUCUGACUAG